GCGAGCUAGUUUACUUCUAUAAAAGCCUGAGUUCUGUCCCAAAACCUUCAUUGGGUUUGUCUAUAAUUCUUCCUAGGGUUUCGGAAUCGAUUGAAUUCUUGGAUCAAUGGCCGUUUCGGAUGUGCAAGGCGAUCGGAUCACUCAGGAGGAGGAGCAGACGCUAAAGUACUUGGGUUUUGUCCACGUAGCUGCAAUCCAGGCGUUGUUGUGUUUUUCAAAGCUGUAUGAAUAUGCGAAGGAGAACGCUGGGCCAUUGAAAUCUGGCGUGCAGAGCGUUGAGGGCACUGUCAAGACUGUUGUCCGUCCUGUCUAUAACAAGUUCUAUGAUGUUCCCUUUGGCCUUCUCAAGUUUGUUGAUCGGAAGAUGGAUGAAUCAGUAUGUGAUCUGGGGAAACGCAUGCCUUCAUUGGUGAAGGAUGCUUCAACUCAGGCUUACACUGUCGUGCAGAAGGCCCCAGAGGUGGCCAGGUCUGUGGCCGGAGAGGUUCAGCGGACUGGUGUGGUUGGCACUGCUACUGGUAUGGCAAAGUCUGCCUAUACCAAGUGCGAGCCAGCAGCCAAGGAUCUGUAUACCAAGUAUGAGCCAGCAGCUGAACGGUGUGCGGUUUCAGCUUGGAAGUCAUUGAAUCGGCUCCCGCUCUUCCCGCAGGUGGCACACGUCAUGGUUCCAACCGCUGCUUACUGGUCUGAGAAGUAUAACCAGGCUGUCUGCCAUGCAGCUGACUGUGGAUAUACGGUCUCAGCCUACCUGCCUCUUGUUCCCACUCAGAGGAUUGCCAAAGUUUUUUCUGAGGAUAAUACUGGUGCAGAGGUCCCUGCUGUAUCACAGUGAUUUGGGAAAACUACCAGUUCAUGAAGUGCUGCUUCAUCCUUCUUAAGUUCAUAUCGGUAUUACUGGUUUGCUUUGUUAAUGGUUUAACUGAUGCAGUGAUGCUAUUGCGAAUUGCUGGCCUGUCUCUAUUUCUCUGAUUAGUUUCUUUUUAGGUUGCCUGUGCAUAUGGACAUGAAUUCAGUGUGCAAGUUCUUAAUAAUAUGAUGAAUGAAUGUGCAUAAUAUCGUGUGGUUGAUACUUGCGGAAUCUAUUCUUUGCUUAUUAGUUGUUAUUGAACAUGCUGUAUUACUCAAUGUAAGCUAAGGUUUGGUUGGAUGGUUUAUGUUAA